AUGCCGCUCCAGCACCUCGAGGCGUGCCUGAGACUAGCGGCCGAAGGCGCGCUCACCGUCGACCGGGCGCGGGCGCUGCUGCGCCGCGGCGCUGACCCACUCGCCGGCGCGCCUUCUGCCCUCGAGCGGGCGCGCCUACUCUGCUCGUGGAGCGAGUCGGAUCCGACCGCUGCGGCCGUCGGUUCUACAGUCGAAAUCCGCUCUCUCGUCUCGCGGCCCUCGAUGAACGGCAAGGUCGGCGUCGUCGUCUCCGCCAACGCUUCGACGGGCCGCUUCGGCGUGCGCGUGGCGGGCGAGGCCAAGGCACUCGCACUGAGGCCCGCAAUGCAAUGGCCGGCCAACCUGCAGCCAGCGGCCGAGGCGGUGGAGGUGGGCAGGCUGAUCCUCAAGGCGGCGGAGUGGUCGCCGCAGUCGCACGAGCGCUUCCCGGAGGCGGCUCGCAAGCAGGCGGUCGAG